AUGAUUAGGGCGCUUCUCCAAGAUUGCCAUCUUCAACUGCGUAAAUACAACAGGGUUUUGAGUCAGGCGGUUAGAAAGUGCGUCGAACUCAUCGGUGAGGACGGAGUCACGCAUUUGCAACAAGUGAUUAAUAAAUGGGCCAGGAACCUGCGAGCAACAAGAGAUGACGAGCUGGCGGUCAAGCUCCAGAGUAUAAGCCAAUCAUCUCAAGAGGAGAACGAAGUCCUGGUGCACAACAUGUCCUCUGAGCAGCUGACCCCUGCACAAAUGAAAGCGCUGAGUCAUGAGGCCUGCUUUAACACCACAGACGCCGGUCCGGUCAAUCUCGUGGCCACGGUUGAGUCGAUUCUCAAACAAACCGGGGAAUCCGACGAAACAAAGCAACUCAUUCGACAGCAGGCAACCUCCUUGGCGAUGGCGCACAAACCACGUGCAACUAUUACCAGGGCCGAGCAGAGUGCUCUCAAGACACUGGGGGCUGACACCAGCAUCGUGAUUCUACCAGCGGACAAAGGGCGCUCCACAGUUGUGAUGGAUAAGGCAGACUACAUUCAGAAGGCCAAUGCCCUACUGGAGGACCGACAGGCGUACCUAUCACGUAACGAUGAACCGAUGAGGAAGCUGGUGACGCAACUGGACAAGACCCUCGCCGACAUGCAAACUAGCAAGGCAAUAAAUAAAUCGACACGACUGGCCAUUAAGCCAGUAGACGCGGCCGCACCACGCUUUUACGGACGGCCAAAGGUACACAAAGCCGGGGUGCCCCUCCGGCCAGUCGUAUCAUUGCGCGGCUCACCUACAUUCAAUUUGGCUAAAUGGAUGUUCCGAAACCUGAGGUCUCUCACCUCGAACGCGGGCACGACGGUCUGUUCAGCGACUCAGUUCCUGGAGCGGAUCAAAGGGAUGAGACUUACCGAAGACGAGGUCAUGGUGUCAUUCGACGUCUCUUCUCUUUUCACUUCGAUUCCGCAAGACCUGGCAGUCGAAACGGUCAGCGAGCUGCUCGAGAGUCAGUACGACGAGACGGGCGUGACGAUAAAACGGAGACAUCUCGUCCAAUUGCUGAGAUUCUGCCUGAAGACGUACUUUACCUUUGAAGGCACGACCUACGAGCAGGUCAAGGGGACGCCAAUGGGAUCGCCGAUCUCGGGCCUCAUCGCAGAGGCAGUUCUCAAAAAAGUAGAGACCCUAGUUUUCGCAGCCUAUAAGCCGAAAUUUUGGACUCGAUAUGUCGAUGAUACCUUCGUUAUCAUUAAGCGGCAAAAGGUCCAAGAAUUCCAUGAUGUCCUGAACUCUGUUUUCCCUGACAUCCAGUUCACAAUGGAGGCGGAAGCCAACAACCAACUGCCGUUCCUGGACGUUCUAGUCCAUCGAAAAUCCAAUGUGCACUUAAAAACGACGGCGUAUAGGAAGGCCACUAAUACACGCCAAAUCCUGAGCUUCCACAGUAAGCACCCGUUGUGCCACAAACGCAGUUGUGUGCGAAAACUCUACAGAAGGGCAGAAACACACUGCAGCGAGCCGGACGACAGAAGGUCAGAACUACGCUACCUCCAGCGCCUCUUCAUGUCCAACGGGUAUCCUCGCAACUUCAUCGAACGCGGCAGACAGGCCGGACCGAGCCGACGUUUGGAAACAGAACGGCCAAAAAUAUGGCGGACGCUUCCAUACAUCGGCGGCGUUUCUGAGGCGGUCUCCCGUCUCUUAAGACCGCUGGGGAUCGGCAUCGCCCACCGACCGGAGUCAACAAUUCGACAUCUGGUCAUGAGGCCUAAGGCCCCUCUGCCACCAGGUGAAACCACGAACGCCAUCUACCGGAUCCAGUGUAACUCCUGUGAAGCCAACUGCAUUGGGGAGACGGACAAACGACUACAGACCCCUGUUGGAGAACACAUGAGGGCAGUAAGGCGAAUGGACCCUUUGUCUCUGGUGGCCGAACACUGCGCCGAUUCCGGGCACACGUUCGCCUUUCAGCAUGUCAAAAUUCUGGGCCGAGGAAGCGACUGCAUAGCCAGGGAAACAAUCGAGGCUUGGCACACGGGGACAACCUCCAUCAACCGUUGUGUGGCUCUUCCCGCUGCCUAUCAAGCCCUUCGAGCGCAGCUCAGUAAACAAAUGAGCAGACGUGAACCCAGACUAAACAUGAAUCCAGACAUGAGCGAGUCCAUGGCGGAUGCACACUCAGUCACCCCUCAACCUGGUUCCGACGAAGGCGCAGUCGUCACCACAGCCGUUCCAUCUACUAGUCCGGCGGACGAGAAAACGGACAGUCGUUGCGGCGUAAACAAGAUUGCCAGACUUGGACGACAGUUAAGGUCAAUGAAGGUACGGACGACGACCACCAACGUCUCAACGCUGGCCUCCGAUGUAGAUUGA